UUCCAUUCCUUUCAUAUCAAAUGUCGUCUUCCUCAGUAAAAUCAUAUUCAUCGGCUCUAGACCCUCUCAACAAGGCAUGGAAAACUCCACUCCUCUUCUCCACCGUGAAACCCAUCAGCUCAGUAAUCUCUCUCUUUCUCAAAGCAGGUCUUGCUCUUUCAACAGUCUUCUUCUUCUCCCUUCUCCUCCGCCUCUCCAUUUCCCAUUACGGCCAACCCUACAAUAGCACCACAACCUUCAACCACAUGCUCCAUACUCAACGAACACAACAUGAGCCGACCAACAUCGGCCACAUCGUGUUUGGCAUUGGCGGCUCAGCCGCCACGUGGCACACUCGGCGCCACUACACCGAGCUCUGGUGGCGGCCAGGAGCCACCAGAGGCUUUGUCUGGCUAGACCAAAAUCCGUCAGAUACUGACCCGUGGCCAGAGACCUCGCCUCCCUACAAGAUCUCUGACAACACGUCAUCCUUUAAAUACACGUGUCCAUACGGAACGCGGUCUGCGAUUCGCAUGGCAAGGAUAGUGAAGGAGAGCUUCGAGCUGGGUUUGGAGAAUGUGAGGUGGUUUGUGAUGGGUGAUGACGACACGGUGUUCUUCCCCGACAACCUCGCAACGGUUUUAUCCAAGUACGAUCACAAUCAAAUGUACUACAUUGGUGGGAACUCUGAGAGCGUGGAGCAGGAUUUGGUACAUUUUUAUACCAUGGCUUAUGGUGGUGGCGGCAUCGCCAUUAGCUACCCUUUGGCGGAGGAGCUUGUGACGAUCUUGGACGGGUGCAUUGAUCGGUAUGCGCAUCUUUUUGGGUCUGAUCAAAAGAUUCAGAGUUGCAUCAGCGAGAUAGGGGUUGAGAUUACCAAAGAACCUGGUUUUCAUCAGGUUGAUAUUCGUGGGAACCCAUAUGGGUUAUUGGCAGCACACCCAGUGGCACCAUUGGUGUCACUCCACCACCUUGACUACGUAGAUCCAAUAUUCCCAAACAUGAACAGAUCCGAUUCCAUUCAAAAGCUUGUGACAACAUACAAAGCGGAUCCGGGCCGGACUCUCCAAAAGAGCUUCUGUUACGACCCACUUCGAAACUGGUCAGUCUCGGUUUCAUGGGGAUACAGCGUGGAACUUUAUCCUUCUUUGGUUACUACCAAGGUUUUGGAAAUGGCGUUUGGGACGUUCAAAACUUGGAGUAGUUGGAGAAGUGGGCCUUUUACAUUAAAUACCCGACCCGUUAUCAACGACCCGUGUGAGAUGCCCUUGGUGUAUUCUUUGGAUAGCGUUGGAAACGCCGGUUUCGGAGAGACCCGGUCAAGGUACAGGAAAAAUUUGCUAAGAGAGUGUCAGCGCGAGGAGUACAAGGAGGCUCUGGGUGUUCAACACAUUGAUUAUUAA